UAUUUUUAUUUUUCAUAUGAUCGAUUUAUGCAAUGUCUACAAGGGGAUGACAUGUUAAUUUCCGUGCACUUUCUCCUUUUUAAAAUUCCUUGAAUUACUAUUUGCUUUCCACAUGACCUUGUGCUUAGUUCAUGCUAUUUGUGAAGUGCAGAGCAGAGAGUAUACGGGGAGGCAAAGAAACUAUUAGUAGACGGACCAUCACUUGCUGGAGAGAUAUUUAUAAUACUCUAUUCAAAGAAUGGAUCCCUCCAAUUCCUUUGAAUCUCAAUCAUCUGUUAAUGCUAAUCAGCCCGAGCAAACAGAGACCAUCACUUUCAUGAAUCGUGAUUACUACAAUGCUGCAGCAGAAGGCAGAAUCGAGUUCUUCAAAAAUAUCAUCAAUCAUGAGUCUCUACUAACCCCAAAUAAAAAUACAAUCCUCCAUAUUUACAUCACAGCCCUCAAUUCUGGAUCCAAUUCAACAACCCCCAAUGCAGGAUCGGAAUCAACAAAAACCCUUAAUGCAGGAACGGAAUCAACAACCCUUAUUGAACGAUUAGGAUCAACAACCUCAUUAUUACGGCAAGCCAAUGCCAAAAGUGAAACUCCAUUGCAUAUUGCGGCAGGAUCAGAAUCAACAACAACCCUCAAUGCAGGAGCGGAAUCAACAACCAACUUUGUGGAAGAAAUUCUUAAAAAGUGUCCCUCACUGUUAUGGCAAGCGAAUGCCAAAUGUGAAACUCCAUUGCACAUUGCGGCAAGGUACGGGCAUGAUGGCAUAGUGGAAGUUCUAAUCGAAUAUUGUGCCCAAACUCGCGCCCAAACUCGCCAUGAUCAAGACCUUGAAGAGGAGAUUGAACCAGUAAAGGAACUGCUGAGGAUGACGAACAAAGAGAAAGACACGGCUUUGCAUGAGGCUGUACGUUAUAAUCACCUUGAGGUGGUAAAAUUGUUGAUUAGUAAAGACCCAGAUUUUUCAUAUUCUGCUAAUGAUGCUGGUGAGACUCCACUUUACAUAGCUGCCGAGAGAGGGUUUAAAGAUUUGUUGUUCGAAAUUUUAGACAAAUGCAAAUCACCAAUGCAUGGGGGUCCCCUUGGUAGGACGGCUUUGCAUGCUGCCCUAUUGCCGCGUUACAGAUAUUAUGAGUAUGACACAGGUACUACCUAUUUAUUUUCUCAAUGUUGUAUUUGCAUUGUUAAUUUAGUAAUGAGUAAUGCAGCUUUAAUUCUUUAAAGUUUGUUAUAAUUUUGAUAAAAAUUAUGUGGUGGACCAAAAAUAAUAAA